UGUUCUUGCCGUGUUCUUGUCUUGUUCUUGUUGUGUUCUUGUCACGUUCUUGUCACGUUCUUGUCUUGUUCUUGUCUUGUUCUUGUCUUGUUCUUGUCUUGUUCUUGUCGUGUUGUUGUCGUGUUCUUUUCGUGUUGUUGUUAUGUUCUUUUCGUGUUGUUGUCGUGUUGUUGUCGUGUUCUUGUCUUGUUUUUGUCUUGUUCUUGUCGUCUUCUUGUUGUGUUCCUGUCUUGUUUUUGUUGUGUUCUUGUCGUGUUCUUGUCUUGUUUUUUUCGUAUUCUUGUCAUGUUCUUAACGUGCUUUGCUUGACGCCCAUGCUCUGCAACAUGUCAACUCUCACUCAUGAAGUGCAUACGAUGCUGUCAUCAUAGCAACAUGAACAACAACAUCCACAGAGACCAGGACGUCCUCCGGCGGCGAGGCAGCACACCCAUACGUCCCGCCCACCUGGUCCAGCAGCCUCGAGACCCCUGCCAGGCGCGCCUCCCCGCCUGCAGCUACCAGCCGGACCCGGAGCAGCAGAGCCCCCGACGCAGGCAUGCUCCCCUGGGGAAGUCUGCGUCCUACCACCCCGGAGACAAGUCCCUCCACUACCGAGCGCACUGGAGCUCGGACUCGGACGAGGACUCGCAGAGCGACUGGGAUUGUGUCUACAGGGUGAUGUUGCUCGGCAACCAGGGGGUGGGAAAGAGCAGCCUUGCCGGAAUCUUUGCGGGUGUCACGGAGAAGGAGGAGCAACCUGCAGAGGACGCCUACGAGCGGACGCUGACGGUGGACGGCAAGGAAACCACGCUCGUCGUCAUGGAUACGUGGGGUGGCGACAAGCUGGAGGAAGACGGCCGCCCCCAUCAAGACGACUGCCUGAAGGCGGGGAGCGCCUACAUCAUCGUCUACUCCGUCACCGACCGCUCCACCUUCGACGCCGCCGCCGAGCUGCGCAUCACGCUGCGACGCAUCCGGCAGGCGGAGGACGUUCCCAUCAUCCUGGUGGGCAACAAGAGCGACCUGGUGCGCUCCAGGGAGGUGGCGGUGGAAGAGGGCCGAGCGUGUGCGGUGGUCUUUGACUGCAAGUUCAUCGAGACGUCAGCGUCGUUGCAGCACAACGUGAGCGAGCUGUUCGAGGGCGUGGUGCGCCAACUCCGCCUGCGCCGCCACACCGCCGACGCGUCCCAGCGCAGACGCGCCGUCCACGAGCGCAAGGAGAGCAUUACCCAGAAGGCUCGGCGCUUCCUGGACCGCCUGGUGGCCCGCAACAAUCAGCGCGUGGCCCUGAAGGUGAGAUCCAAGAGCUGCCACGACUUGGCCGUCCUGUGAGGACACUCAAGAUCUGGAAUCACCUUUUAGGGUUUCAUUGACUUUACCUGUUCCUCGGACUCUGACAAGUCCUUCAGGAGAAAAACGAAGUCAGUGUGUUGCUUUUAAACUCCAAAAAUGAGCCACUAACACAUCUUGACAAAUCUUUGUGGAGGACAUGGACCCCUAUAUUCAAAGGUGUGUUUUCCUCUCCUUGAUGCACGUGACUGUCACCUACAGGACUGGAGUGGUACUACCACGCUGUUGUUUUCAUACUUUUAUUCACGGCCAAAUGUUUUCAAAUGUGUCAAUGCUGAUGAUAUUCCUCUUCUCUAAUGUACAGUAUUAAAGGUGGUU